AUGCCGCCGCGGAAGCCGUUGACGGCGCUGCUCAAGUCGGCGACGCGGCCGGGCCACCUGCUCCAGCUCCACGCCCUGAUGCUGAAAUGCUCCCACUUCCCGCACCACGCGUUCCCCACCGCCAGGCUCCUCGCCUCCCCGCUCGCGCCGCUCCCCUACGCGCUCUCCCUCUUCGCCGCCGUCCCGCGGCCCACGCUCUUCCACCACACCGCCGUCCUUCGCACGCUCUCCUCGUGCCCCUCCGCGGCCUCCCUCGCCGCGUCCCUCUCGGUCCUCGCCUCCGCGCGGGCGCGGCUCCCCGAGCUCGACGUGUUCGCGUUCCAGCCGCUGCUCGCGCUCUGCGCGAAAAUCCCCAAUGACGCCGAGGCAGCUUCGGUUGGCAAGCAGGUGCACGCGCUCGUGCUGCGGUACGGGUUCCUGGACAUUGUGAGCCUGCGGAAUGUGCUGUGCCACUUUUACUGCAGCAGUGCGAACAUGGCGGACGCGCGGAGGUUGUUCGAGGAAAUGCCUGAGAAGGACGCUGUGUCGUGGAACACGGUGAUCGGGGGCUAUGUCAGGGUGGGGGAUGUGGGCACAGCGGUGCAGAUGUUCACCGUGAUGAGGUGGUCUGAAGUGGAUGUCAAUGUGACGGUGGUGAUCACCUUGAUUGGGUGUGGCUGGCAAGGGGAGUCAGUGCAUGGCUUCUGCAUUAAGGCAGGGUUCUGUGACGAUGUGAAGGUUGCGGCAUCACUGGUGGGGAUGUAUGUGAGGGAGGGCAGCGUUGAGUGUGCAAGCAAGGUGUUUCAUGAGACAGCUAGACGAGACUUGGUGCUGUGUAAUUGUAUGGUGGAUGGCUAUGCAAAGGCAGGGCAGAUUCGGGAGGCAAUGGACUUGAUUGAUGGCAUGAGACAGCACGGGAUGAGACCUAGUUCUGGGACGCUUGUUGGUGUGCUCUCAGCGUGUGGAGCAUCUGGGGCAUUGGCAGCCGGUCGUUCUGUCCAUGAGCUUGCUGAAGAGGCACGGCUAGAGAUUGACAGCACGCUUGGGACAGCGCUCAUUGACAUGUACUUCAAGUGCGGGUGCCCCAGCGAGGCAGCUGCAGUCUUCGAUGCAAUACGAGAUAGGGACGUGAAGGCAUGGACAGCAAUGAUCAUAGGAUUGGGAGUUAAUGGGCAGCCAGGCUCUGCCAUCUCCUUGUUCUACAGGAUGGAGGAAGACGGUGUGGCUCCUAACGAGGUCACCUUCCUAGCCCUGCUAACUGCUUGUAGCCAUGGCGGGUUGGUGCAGGAAGGGAAGGAAUUCCUCGAGACAAUGGUGCAGCGAUGCAGCUUAUCUCCCAGCCCUGAGCACUACAGCUGUGUCAUUGAUCUCCUGGGAAGAGCAGGGCGUCUACAUGAAGCCUAUGAGCUCAUACAAAGCGUGUCAUCCCAUGGUGAUGCAACGGCGUGGAGAGCGUUGCUUGCCGCCUGCAGAGUGUAUGGCAAUGCGAAGCUGGGGAGGAUGGUGCAGGCACAGUUGGACGCCAUUGGCCACUACCAUCCUUCAGAUGCCAUUCUGCUGUCGAACACAUACGCAUCAGAAGGCCAGUGGGAUGAGAUAGCUCAGGUGAGGGAUUCAGAAGCGCAGAAAAUAUCUGUGAAGAAGUCAGCAGGCUGCAGCUCCAUUAUUGUGUCUUGCUGA